GAUUGAUUUUAUUUUUGUUUGUGACUUGUGAGUGAGUGAAGUGUUAUAGUUUAUUGUUAAAAGUUUUAUUAUUUUGUUGAAUGAUCUAAAUAUUCAAUGAAUUUGUUAAUAGCACUGUAAUAUAUUUAGUAAAUUUUAUAUAUUUAAAAAAAUGAUUUCUCAAAAAAAGGGUCGUAAAUGGUGCACGUUUGAUUUCGAUGAAAAUGAGCCUCCAAGAAAGAUAAAGGAAAUCCCAAAGCAAUCUGUAAAAGAUGCAUCAGAAGAAACCAUUGAUCUAAAUAAACAUGGGAAAUUGAAAAUUCUUGGCAAUGUUAUUGGGAAAAAUUGGAUGAAAAAUUUUGAUCCUGUUAGAGUAGAAGACCUAGCAGUUCAUAAUAAAAAGGUCCAGGAAGUUGAAGAGUGGUUAAAGUCACACUGUGACCAAAAUCUGAGUGAUAUUUUGUUAUUGACAGGGCCAGUAGGAUGUGGUAAAACAAUAACAGUCAGCACAUUAGCAGCAAAACAUAACAUUAAAGUUACAGAAUGGAUAACACCUCUAGAUAUUGGACUUCCUUCAGAAUAUGGUGAUUUUGAACACAAAGAGAAACAGUCUUCGAAAUUCCUUGAUUUUAUCAUAAAUGCUGCCAACUUCACUUCUUUAUUAGAUAACAACAACAGGAAAUUAGUUUUAGUUGAAGAUUUUCCAAAUACCUUUUUGAGGACACCAUCAGAAUUUUCCGAUAUUUUACAACAAUACAAGCAUAAAGCCCGGUCUCCACUAGUAUUCAUCUGCUCAGAAACACAUACAGAUAACAAGAAUAUUGCAGUUCACCUGUUUACCCCAAGUUUGAAGGAGCAAUGUCACAUUCAACAAAUUGUUUUCAAUGGCAUCUCAAUGACUGGUCUGAAAGGCGCAUUGAAAAGAGUUGCAGGAAUAAUUAGCAAGAAACAUACUGCUGUCUAUAAUAUUCCCACAUCAGAUAUGAUAGACUGUGUUGUUAAUUCCUCUGGAGGGGAUGUGCGUUCAGCAGUAUUAAAUUUACAUUUUGCAUGUCUGAAAGGUUCAAACACUCAUUUAGAGACAAGUAUUUUGGUUGAAAAGGACACUAAAAGUAAAGUAGUGAAAAAGAAAAAGCAAGUCUCUAGUAAGUUUUUAUCUAUAGGCAAGGAUCAAACUGUCAGCAUCUUACAUGGCGUUGGAAGAGUGCUUAACCCAAAAGUUACUGAUGAUAAUGGAACUAAGAAGUUGACACACAAGCCUUCAGAUAUUAUUGAACAAUUUUUAUGCCAACCAAGUUCGUUUGUCAACUUUUUGGAAGAGAACUACUUAACUCAUUUCUCUUGCGCGGACCACGCUGUCAUGGCUGCUACAGCGCUUAGCGACGCAGACUAUUUGUUGGCAGAAUGGAGGGAAAAAAUGUGCCAAGAAUAUGGCUUAUAUACUGUAGUAGCAGGGAUGAUGCUUGCAAAUAAGGCGCCUUUGUCAGCUUGGAAUCCAGUGAGAGGUCCGAAAAAUAUGAGAAUUCAAUAUCCGUCACCUCAUGAAUUAGGACUAGAACCUAAUUUUUUAUACAAAGGAAAAGUAUUAGUUGCAGAUUACCAAACAUAUUGUAAAUUGAUAUCAAGUAAAACUUAAGAAGAACAAGUACUUAUUUAAUAAAAAUAAACAUUUGAAUCUUC